AUGUAUCAGAAUUGGCAUCAAGAUCAAACGGAAGAUCAACGCGAAACAAUGUUAAAAUACGUCAAGAUUUCUAAUUUAAUAUCGAUUGCUGGGAUAAUAACUAUUUCAAUUAAUGUUGUUUUAUAUUAUAGUGGCUCGUUUUUCGGUUUAACACUCCGCACAGAAACCAAUCUAACUGACAUACCUGGUUAUACGCUAGCAAUUCAAAGCUCUUAUUUUUAUGAUAUUACCAAAGGUCGACUUUAUGUUCUAACCAGGUUGUCUCAAGUAACAUUUGGCAUAGUCGGUGGAAUGUUUAACACCACUAUAGAUAUAAUUUUCAGCAUAUUUGUAUUGCAUACUUGUGGUCAAUUAGCAAAUAUUGCUAAUAGCAUUAAAAAAGUAUUUUUACUCUUCAUGGAGAUGUAUCAGAAUUGGUAUCAAGAUCAAACGGAAGAUCAACGCGAAACAAUGUUAAAAUACGUCAAGAUAUCUAAUUUAAUAUCAAAGGCUGGGAUAAUAACGAUUUCAACUAAUAUUGUUAUAUACAAUAGUGGCUCGUUUCUCGGUUUAACACUUCGCACAGAAACUAAUCUCACUGACAUACCUGGUUAUAUGCUACCAAUUCAAAGCUCUUAUUUUUAUGAUAUUACUAAAGGUCGACUUUAUGUUCUAACUAGAUUGUCUCAAGUAAUAUUUUGCAUACUCGGUGGAAUGUUUAACACCACUAUAGAUGUAAUUUUCAGCAUAUUUGUAUUGCAUACAUGUGGUCAAUUAGCAAAUAUUGCUAAUAGCAUUAAAAGUAUUAAUGAAGUCGAAUUUGAAACCUUUCCGACGAGUGAAAGGGUUCAUGAAGCACUUUAUGAUUCUGAUUGGUGUUUACUAACACCUCGUGUAACUCAACAAUUAUUGAUGAUUUUCAUCAGAUCUCAAAAAUCUUUGACAAUUAGUGUGGGAAAAUUCGCACCUCUGACUUUAGCAAACUUCUUACAAUUGAUGAAAUCAUGUGGUGGAUAUGUCUCAUUUCUUCUGGCAAUGAAUGAUUGA